CCUGUCACGUUCGAAAGAGCUCAUAUUGGUGGUUUGCGUGUUUGCAUCGCCAUCCUCUACGUUUGUUUUGAUUGUGUUAUUGGUAUAAUACGUAUACGUUUGUUUCUGCUCUCUGUUUCAACUCUUUAUUGUUGCUGCCUCAUUUGGAUCAAGCUUUAGAUGCCUGUUCUUGUCUGAUUUUUAUAAGUUCAGAUUUGGUUCUGUUUGCUUGUCAGAAAACCGUUAAGAGAAAUGCCUUUUUAGCAUUAAAGGGAGAUUGAUUCUUUACCAAAAAUGGGAUUAUGUUCAACCAAUAGCUUAAAUUGAGAUUGAAUAUUACUUAAGCUUCCUGGUUUGUUUGGGAUCAUGCUUUCUGAUUUGGUGGAUGGAUAUUGCUUGAGAUCGCCAUCUAAUCUCAAUUCUCAUUAUAGACCUGGAAGCUUUUCUUCUUGGCUAGUUUUUUGUCCUGGAGAACUUAUAUAUUGGAGCUGAAGGUGCAAAAAUAAUUCGUUUUGAGGAGCCUAAGAGCAUUACACUUGGGUCAUCAAAUCCAUCAUUAAUGUCAGAAAGUGAUCUUGACUCAAUCAUGAAACCAGAGACUAUGAAGUCCUACAUCUAUCUUCAAACUGCCGAUGGUUCAGUUCAACAAGUGGAACAAGAGGUUGCAAUGUUCUGUCCCAUGAUAUGUCAAGAGGUAAUACACAAUGGCGCUGGAUCUUCCAAGAAUCAUGCGAUCUCGCUUCCACAGCGAGUAAAUACAGCUAUGUUCAGCUUGAUUCUUGAUUACUGCAGAUUUCACCAAGUGCCUGGACGUUCUAAUAAGGAACGAAAAAUUUAUGAUGAAAAGUUCAUGCGGAUGGAGACAAAGAGGCUAUGUGAGUUGACCUCAGCCGCUGACAGUUUGCAGCUGAAGCCUUUGGUUGAUCUUACAAGCCGCGCACUUGCACGGAUCAUUGAAGGGAAAUCACCUGAGGAGAUACGAGAUAUAUUUCAUUUGCCUGAUGACCUUACUGAGGAAGAGAAAUUAGAGCCUCUGAAGAACACAAUGGAUGAUCCAAGGAUCCGACUACUGAAUAGAUUAUACGCAAAGAAAAGAAAGGAGCUGAAAGAAAGAGAGAGAUUAAAGAAUGUUGAGGUUGAAGAACAUGUGGACGAACGUUCUGUGGAUGACCUGUUAUCAUUUAUUAACGGCAGAGAUCCCAAGGUGGUAAAAAUGUCAAAGGGAAAGAAGAAGUACAAGAAAAAGAAGAACCAGAAGAUUAUUUCUUCAAAUGACAAGGAAUCACAUGAUCUUCAUUUUAAACAACAAGGUGUUGAAGACACUGGAUGCAGAAUGAGAGACUUAUCUAGUUUGGAAGAUGAGAUAUUUACACCAAACGCUGGGUGUGAAGAUGAUGAAAUCGAUCCAGCCAUGAAGGAAAUGCUUGAUAGAGAGGUAGAAGAUUUUGCUAGAAGGUUGAACUCUAACUGGGUUCAAUCGCUAGGACAAGAGAGAAGACCUGUUCACUUUUCCAUAAACGGCAACGGGACUACAAGACGGCAUAUAGGUCAACCUUCAGGACACAAUUGAUGCACUUCAAUGGCUGACACAGUUUUGGUUGGUUAUAUGAGCAAAUAGGAGAUAUAGAGAAAAUGGUUCCACCAGUCACUGAUGCAGUUUUGAUUGUUUUUGUUUUCAUUACUUUUUAAUGAUCAAUCCUUUUGUUUGUAAAACCAUGUUUGAGCAUUUUUGUUGGUGUGUCUAAUUUAUAGUCCCUAUAUUAGUUUUUUUUUGUUUGGUUCAGUUUGUGUUGAUAUAAACCUCACAAGCCAAUAAAGAAGACAUGUUCCAUU